AUGAAUUUUUUAUCAAAUUUUGAAAGAACUUCUAAACUUAACUUGAAAUAUAUGAAAAGUUCAAGAACUCAUUAUUCAAAGAUGUCUUUCAAAAACCGGGAACUAUUUAUUCAAGAGGAGGUUAAAAGGAUUGAGAAUUGGUGGAGUUCCCCAAGAUUUAAAGAUAUAAAACGUAUAUAUACUCCCUUGGAUGUAAUUAAACAUAGAGGUAGUCUGGGAAUAUCUGAUGUUAAAUAUCCAUCUUCAACUCAAGCUAUAAAGCUUUUUAAUUUAUUAGAAGAAAAUUUUAAGAAGAAGAAACCUUUACAUACGUUAGGUGUUAUUGAUCCUGUUCAAAUGACCCAAUUGUCCAAAUGUGAUGACAUUAAAGUGGCUUAUGUGUCGGGUUGGGCAUGCUCAUCAACAAUGGUUGGUUCAACUAAUGAAGUGUCCCCAGAUUUUGGGGAUUAUCCGUAUGAUACGGUACCAAAUCAAGUGGAACGAAUAUUUAAAGCUCAAAAGAUGCAUGAUAGGAAAUCAUUCUUAGAAUGUAUCGAGAAAGAUAAACCUUUAAUAGACUAUAUGAAACCAAUUAUAGCUGAUGCUGAUAUGGGCCAUGGUGGUGUGACGACUGUAAUGAAAUUAGCUAAACUUUUUGCAGAAAAAGGUGCCGCGGGUAUCCAUUUAGAAGAUCAAUUGGCUGGAGGGAAACGUUGUGGACAUUUGGGCGGAGCAGUUCUUGUUCCAACUUCAACUCAUGUGAGUAGAUUAAUCGCAACACGUCUACAAUGGGAUAUUAUGGGUGUCGAAAAUUUAAUUAUUGCAAGAACAGAUUCAUGUAAUAGUAAAUUAAUAAGUAGUAGUUGUGACCCUAGAGAUCAUGAAUUCAUUCAAGGGAUCAUAGAUAUUAAUGCUCAACCAUGGAGUGAAAAGUUAAUUGAUUUAGAGAGACACAAUGCUACAAGUUUAGAAAUGUCUAGAAGUGAACUUGAAUGGUAUAAUACGAAUAAAUUAGUAACAUUUGAUGAAGCAGUUCAAUUACAAGUUACAUCGAUUCAAUUUGAAAGAUAUAUUGAAAUUAAAAAAAAAUUAAAAUUUAGUGAAGAUAAAAAUUAUUUAAGUUUAGGAGAAAUGAGAAAAAUUAUUAAACAAGUUUGCCCAGAAAUUGAAAUAAAAUUUGAUUGGGAUUUACCACGUUCAUCAGAAGGUUACUAUAUGUUUAAAGGUUGUAUGAAUGCUGCAAUUAGACGUUCCCUUAUUUUUACACCAUUUUCAGAUUUAAUUUGGUUAGAGACAAAGACACCAAAUAUUAAACAAGCUAAAAAAUUUUCAAAUGAAAUUCAUGAACAAUAUCCAAAUACAAAAUUAGUUUAUAACCUUUCACCAAGCUUUGAUUGGAGUAAACAUGGUUUUACUGAUAUUAAAUUGAAGAAUUUUAUUUGGGAUCUUUCCAAAGAAGGAUUUAUUUUACAAUUAGUAUCAUUAGCUGGAUUACAUGUAGAUGGUGUUUCGUUUUGGGAAUUAGCUAAAAAUUUUCAGAAUGAUGGAAUGUUAUCAUAUGUAAAAUUAGUUCAAGAGAAAGAAAAAAAGAUUAAUUGUGAUCUUUUAACACAUCAACGUUGGUCAGGAGCUGAAUAUGUUGAUUCAAUUAUGAAAGUUGUGCAAAAUGGUUCAUCUAAAACUUUAAGUACAACUGGAGAUAGUUUUACUGAAUCUCAAUUUUAA